GAAUCGGGCGACGACUGUAUUCAGUGUCCAUUCCAUGGCUGGAGGUUUGGCGGAGACGGACAGUGCAAACGCAUACCUAAUCUCAACGAGUCUGAGUUAAAUACAGUGAAAGCUGUUGUAAUGAAAUGGCAGACAAUAGAGUUGAAUGAAGUGAUAUAUGUUUGGCACCACUCGGAGGACUCGGACCCCGAUCACUACCCCCAGGAUUUUUUUGAAAAAGAUAAUCAUAAUCUAUCACUGAAAGGGAGUAUCGUAACGGAGAAUGCAGCCGACUUACAGCACUUUCAUUACGUACACCAGAAGCUGAUGCCAUACAUGCCAUCCAUCGCUAGUUUUAAAUUUUCAUUUGAUAGGACGUACGGCACAGAGACGAGGCCUACACUCACUGGAAGAAUGACCAUCUGUUUAGUCGGCGUCGAGUUGGCCACUCUACACAUGAAAGUGUGUCACGUGUCACCAGUGACUGAACUCAUUUACUUUGGCACAGAGGACUCAAUGAUGGGCACCAUUGAUUCGGAUGCUAUGAUCUUCGUGAAUAAUCAAACACCUAAGUGCCCGAUAUUUACCCGCAAUGACGAGGCGAUUGUCAGGUAUCGGCGCUUUUGUCAAAAGUUUUACACUAAA